AUGUGGGAAGUUCAGUGCAAUUCCAACGCCCAAAUUGUCGAUCCCGCAGCCUGCAGGGAACUUCUGCGCGCUUUCAACCGGCUCUGGGCAGUUCCCGGUUUCUACAGUCCUUCUAGAAGAACGCGGGCGAUUCCCAUGGCCAAUCCUGCUUAUCUGGGCGACUUCGAGACCGACGAGGGGCGGCAGCCACAGUCUGGAUAUGGGGUAGCAUGGCGGCGCCUGAUUAGGAAGGUCGAUGGCUGCAUCCUGGACCUCUACGAGUCUGCGCAGGUUCCCCGCGCGCGACGAGACAUGGAUGAUAACGGACAGACGGGGAGUGCGAAACGAGAGAAAUAG